AUGGCGAUUCUUGCCGCGGUAGCCCACCCGAAGCCGUUGGAAUUAAGAACUCCGGUUAACGCCUCCAACGCCCAAACCUCCUUAACUCUUAUAUAUCAAAAUAACCUCAACCUAUCGGAUGAUAAGAAUCACGUCGGAGCACUUAUUCUCGGCGAAGUACCACGGGCCAGCGCCUCAGCAGCAUGCGCUGCAUUGAACGAGAAACUGUUAUCCAAGUCCAUACUUCAGAAAUAUAAGUCGGACUUCAUUCGAGCGCUUUCGUACCAGGACUAUUCAGAAUAUUCUAAUGCGGCCGAUGGUUACUAUAUUGAGAAUGGUACCGUCAUUGUUGAGGACCAGCUUGUAUUCCCCUCUAGCCAAUCCUCCCGGCGAACUCUUCCAGUCUUAUGUACGCAAUCUGCAAAUAACGGUUCUUCGAGCGCCACAGCAGUGGAUGGAAGCGAAGUCGUCGUCGUAUCAGGAGGGAAUACCUUCGUGGGAUUCCGCAAUCAGAAGUCUUUCCGGUUCUUGGGCAUUCCGUACGCUGACCCCCCUCAGCGAUGGAAGUAUUCUUCCAUGUACUCCAAGAAGGGACAGACCAUCCAAGCUACGGCUUACGGCUCGCAAUGCGCUCAAGGUGGUUCUGGCAGUGAAGACUGCCUUUUCAUCAAUAUUGAAACUCCAUAUAUGCCGAAAGCAGGAUCUAAACAAAACCUGCGGCCUGUGUUAUUCUGGAUCCAUGGUGGCGGCUUCACGGGCGGUAGUGGAGCAGACCCUCUUUCCUCAGGGGGUAAUCUUGCCAGCAGGGAGGACAUUGUAGUUGUGAACAUCAACUACCGCCUUUCUACACUCGGAUUUCUCGCUAUCCCGGGUACAAACAUCACUGGGAAUUACGGCAUCGCUGAUCAGAUCGUUGCCCUCGACUGGGCCAUUGCGAACAUCGCAUCUUUUGGUGGUGAUCCGAAACAAAUUACCAUUAUUGGAGAGUCUGCUGGCGCUGGUUCUGUCCGCACACUCCUUGGAUCCCCCCAGGCGAUUGGAAAGUAUCAAGGAGCUGUUGCAAUGUCGAAUCUGGGAGGAGGCGUUACCCUUGGGCUGAGUGGAGAUUAUGGGACCACUUACUCGAGUUACUAUACCAUUGAGCAGUCAUAUGCUGUUGCCGGAUCGAAGAUAUUCUCGGCAGCGGGUUGCAACAGCGGCCAAGUGACCAGCCAAAUCUCCUGCCUUGAACAAAUCCCGGCCCUGAAGCUAGUCAGUUUACCUACAGUAGCCAGAUACGUUGUCCAAGAUGGCAAAUAUGUUAACACGCCGAAUCUAAUACUCUCCACCCGUAACGCAAACACCGCUCACAUCCCCGUCAUGUUCGGAGUCACCCGCGACGACGGCGCUUCUUUCUCUACCUACCCUAAAACACCGAUCUCGAAUCACACUCAAGGCCUUCAAGUCUCUCUCGGCAUCAACUCAACCUGGGCACAAAAGAUCGUUGACUCAAAGCUCUUCCCCUACUACGAUACCGGAAACCUCACUCUCGAUUCCUUCAACGUCUCGCAACGUAUCGCCACAGAUAAAACAUUUCGCUGCAUCGACCAAGCUACUGUCUACGCCGGCGCUAUAUCCGGGGCCUUCGAGAAAGCCUUCUACUAUCAAUUUGAGCGCACAAUCAAUGGGUACGACCCCAACAACCUCAGUGGCCCCAAAGACAACAACCCAAACAACCCCUACUUCCGCUUUCACGGCGCAGACAUGCCCUGGGUCUUCGGCACUCUGUCCACCAUCCGCGACCCUAACGAUUUAUACUCCGUUCAGCUUGUGUCGGGGUAUUUUGCAAGCUUCGUUAAAACUCAGACACCAAAUCCAGAUCCCGAGUAUUUGAGAGUGAGAGGGUAUGAUAAGACAAUCGAAGGGGUGAGGAGAACAGGGCCAUGGGAGCAAGUUAGUGGGCCGAGAGGACCGAUUAGGUUUUUAGAUUUUCCGGGUAGAAAGGAGGGGUUUGUGGAUGUGGAUCAGUGUGCUUGGUUGGGGUAUGGGUUGGAUUAUUAUCUUAAAGGAGGCAAGUAG